AUGUCCCUGCGAAACCCAAGCGGCAAGCCAGAGGUCAAAGUGUUGAAUGUCCGUGGGGACUCCGUCAGUGUCAAGGACCUCACCACAAAGAACCGCACUUUCUGCUGGCAGCAAGCGAAGGACCUGCUUGCUGCCAAGCCGGAGUUUGAUGCAGUUGGCGUUGAUCUGGUUGCGCUGAGCGUGGGCGUGCCAGAGAAGGGCAAGCUGUUCUGCGAGCGGGUGCCCUUCCCUGAGGAGCUGCUGUUUCUUGACCCUGAUCGACUUGCAUACAGUGAGCUGGCGCUCUACGAAGGCAUUGGCAGGACCUUCUUCAGCCGUGCAACACCAGCGGCCCUCAGCGGAUUGAACUUUGACAAGUUCAAGGAAGCAGUCAAGGGCUACACCUUCGACAUGACAAAGCCACCCAAGAAUGAUGAUGCCUUUCAGCAGGGAGGUCUCUUCAUCUUUGAUGGCGCCGAGGUGUUGUAUGCGCAUAAGGACGCGGGCACUGCCGAUCAUGCUCCCAUGGCAGAUGUUAUUGCUGCUUGCUGCGGAAAGAAGAACUGA